AUGCCAUACAGAGAGUUUUCUGGAACUCCUCAGGUUAUGCCAUCUCACCAGUUCCCUUCAGGGAUGCACUCCCAUGCGAUACCAUCUACCAUGCCGUACAAUACCCCCGCAAAUGGUCCCGAUGAAAGUAUUCACCUAACUCAGCAGCCGCGACAGGAACAUUCAUAUGGCUCUCCAAUUUCUUCAGCGCACACUGGAUACCCAAGCAACAACCGUCCUUUUAACAAUAACAACAACACCAAUAGAAUAGGACACCGUCGAGGAUCUCAGAGCCAAAAGACUCACGGGUUUGGCAAGGUGGAGGAGGCUUUCCCAUCAGCAUCAAUGAGGAGAGAUGCGUUCAUCGUGAGAUUCGAGAGUGAAUCCUCGGUCCCGCAAGCUCUUGCUUUUGGUGGAAGUACGGUUCCAGAGAAAGAUGUCAGAAUAACCAUUCAACCUGUCCAUCGAUCAAAGUGGAUGAAGCCGCGCCAUCCGCAACAUCAACCGAGAAAGCUUCCACCUCUGCCAGUUACACACCAGCAGCCAUCACGAGACGAAUCUUUCUCUCCAAGUGAAGAUCAUGUCCAUGGUCAGGUGCCUCCUAGCUGUUCGUUGGCAUCAAGCCAUACCUCCACAUCAGAACCUGGUCAGCGUGAAAUUUCCCGCCCUACGAGUACUUCAACAUUGCCUCAAGCAUGUUCCUCGAGUCAGCGCAUGGAAAAGCAGACUAUCUCGCCAAUUGUUGAGCCCAAGGGGGAUGAAAAGUCUGUCGAAUUGCCGGCUCUGACUGAAAUGACUGUGGUUAAUCGCGAACAUUUCGCUUUUGAGGAACUAAGAGAACAUGCUGCCGUUCCAACUUCUUUCCCUCUUCAAGCGAUGAACCAUCCAAAGGUGAAAAAUCCUAACAAGGAGAGCAUUCCAUGUUCAGAGUCGUUCUCUGAAGAAACCGUCAUUAAAAAGAGCAUCAGCUGCGACAUUACAACUUCAGAUCGCGACAGUAGCCAACUUUCUUCGCCAAAGAUAAUCGACAUUGCACUACCAAAUACUCCUAUCAAUUCAACCUGUUCUUCAAGUGAUACGCCCAAAGCAACUUUCUCUAAGGAUCGUUCCUCAGCUACAGGAACGGGCAGUCCUAUGUACAAGAACAACAACAGGAAAGUCAAAUCACCUUCUCUAGUUGUAGUGAAGGACAGUCAGCAGCAAAUUUCGAGUGUGAUUGGGGAAAUUGUGAAUGCCGCGGGGGUACACAAAGAAGAUGAUAUUCAAACUGCAACGUCAAGUGACCUGAAGGAGCCACAAAAUCCCAUCAAAGACAUUGAGAGACUGCCGAUAGCCACAAUAACAUCUCCCGAGAAGCACAUUGAAUCUAGCACAAACGGCAGUGCUCACAACUCCAACUACACUGAGAAGGAGAUAAAAGAGCGAAAACAGGCCUGGAAUAGGAUUCCUAUGCCACUGGAUCCACGAAAGUCCAAAAAACUAGGAACAACUGUUGCGUCUAGCCAGCAACCGAGUCUACCAACCCCAAAUGAACCAUCGAACAAUACAGCAGAGAAGGCAGAUAUUGCUACACCGCAUAUCAGGAAGCAGGAUCAGUCCAAGUCGAUUAAUUCACUAGGGUCAGACAAGGUUAAGCCAGAGCAGUCAGCAAAAGCCGAAGAGUUGGCCAAAGAUGAAACUCAAUAUCUUACCAAAGACGAAUCACUGGACUCUGGGCCUAGAUCAGCUCAGCUGCCUAUGGUAUCACUAGAAAGCGAAGUUCCUACCGACAUGAAGACUCAAGGAGAGACGCAAUCUUCAAAAGUGAAGAUAGCUGGCCCGCGUCAAACUGAAUCAGAGGAGAUCGAUGCUACUGCGUCGAAUUCGCAGGUACCCGCGGGUGAGAACAAAACGAGCGACACGGCAAAUAACCAGAUCAGGCCAAAACAAAAGUGGAACAAAGCCAAGAAAUCCAAGAAACGUCCAACCUUGACACCAUUGACUGUCUUGCAGAAUGAAGACAGCAGCCAAGGUAUAUCGCCAUCAGUCUCGGAGACAACCUUUAUACCGAGGGAAGAGCUUCGAGCAGACUACCACACGCUUACGUCGGCUCCUGCAAUGUCCGAAUCUGCCUCUCAUCCUGUGCUUGUGGAAAGGCCCGAUGAGCGCGCAACAGAACUUUUCAAGGGUCCUGUAGGACAGGCCACGGCAAAUGCCAGAAGCCAGUAUUCAUACGAUACUCUACCUCGAGGUCGACACGAGUUUAGAAGCAGCGCGGGCGGCUCAUUGAAGGUUCCCAAAAAGCGGAAGAACAACAAAUAUCCUGCAAUCACUUCGAAGACAUUCGAAGCUUCCUCGACCAACAGAUUUGAACCGCCACAGCCUAAGUACGCUGUAAGUGGCCAGAUGCCCAUGAGGAGCACCGAUGAUUUGAAUAGACCGGACUCAGUAACGCAUAUAACGGAACCAGAGUCUUCCAAGAAAAGUCGACUUAACCCGCUGGCAAUGGCUUUCGAAUCUCCUCAAAAAUCCAGUGUUGCAGCAGUGGAUAUUGUCAAGGCACCAAACCUUUACAAAGCAGGCUCACUUCGAAUGAGGGGAGAAGAAGAUUUACCCAGAGAGAACCAAUCACCGUCCAAGUUCAAGAUUAUGCAAAGAACAAUGGCUGCGCAUGACUCGCCUACCAAAUUUCAACAGCCGAAAGAAAGGCUUGUUCGACGCACUGACAACUCAAAAGCGAGUGGUGGUUUCGAGAUUUCAUCAAGGCAACAGGAGAAUAGCCCUACCGAAAUUCAACGCAGCUGGUCCAAGGGUAAACAUCGAAAUGAAGGCGAGAGCAAGGAGCCAGUAAUUUCAAAGAAUACAUCGCCUGGCAAGGAAGCUGCGCUUGAUAAAGAAGAUUGGCCUUCGCUGCCCGCAUCGCGUGUAAGGUCCGCUACACUCCAGUAA